ACCCCACGCGGCCAACUCAAUAGAAAUCCUCGCUUCUUGACUUCUACACUCGUUAUUGUGUUCUUAUUUCGUCGAAGCUGGUAGAGUUUGCAAAUAUUUUAAUUUUAUAGUCGAAAUGACCGCGUUUUUACCGUCAAAUCUUUUGGCAUUAUUUGCUGCUAGACCUCCCAUACCAUAUCUUCCGCCUCUGGAUAAACUAGGUCAUCAGAAAAAGCCUUGGCCGUACAGUGGAAUUGCGAGUAUCGUUGCUGACUUCGAGGAUCCUGAAGACACACCUGCUCCAACUCGUGCAGAAACUAGAGUUGAAAAAAUAGAAAGAAAGAAAUGUGAAAGAAUUGAGAAAAACAAAGCGGAUUUGGAGAGAGCUGCAGAAGAAUGGGAUCCUCACACUGAUCCAAAUGCAGUCACCGAUGCAUUUAAAACUUUAUUUGUUGGCAGACUGAAUUACGAUACAUCUGAAAAUAAACUGCGGAGAGAGAUGGAGGUUUAUGGUCCUGUAAAAUCGAUUCAAAUGGUGACCAAUUCUACCACAGGAAAACCUCGUGGUUAUUGUUUUGUCGAGUUUGAACAUGAAAGGGACAUGCAUACCGCUUAUAAACAUGCUGACGGUAAGAAGAUUGAUGGCAGGCGUAUAGUAGUUGAUGUAGAAAGAGGAAGAACAGUGAAGAACUGGAAACCUCGACGUUUAGGUGGAGGGCUAGGUGGCACACGAAAUGGUGCUCCUGAAGCAAACAUAAAGCAUUCUGGCCGCGUCGAAAAUUUUGACAGGGAUCGCGAGCGAGAUGAACGUGAUCGUGGUGGUGAAUAUCGUGAUCGUUCAAGGCGUGAUCGUGAACGAGACCGUGGCCGUGAUAGAGAUCGCGAUAGACAUGAUCGUCGCCGAGAAAGGGAUCGUGAUGGUCGGGAUCGCGAGGGUCGGGACCGUGAGAUUCGGGACCGCGAGGGUCGAGACCGUGAGGGUCGAGACCGUGAGGGUCGAGACCGUGAGGGUCGGGACCGUGAGGGUCGGGACCGUGAAGGUCGGGACCGUGAAGGUCGGGACCGUGAAGGUCGGGACCGUGAAGGUCGAGACCGUGAAGGUCGGGACCGAGAGGGUCGGGAUCGGGAUAGAGACAGGGAUCGGGAGAGACGGCGUAAUCGUGAUGAUGAAAAAAGUCGGGAUGGUGAAAUGCGUGAGCGUGUUGAUAGUGGUCGUGAACGUGGUGAAGAGCGUUCACGUGAGGAGGAACGUGGUUGGGAACGUGAUGGCUAUCGUGAAGACGGCGGAAUAGAUGAUCGUGAUGAAGAUUACUCACGUGAACGUGAUCGACGAUACAAGCGUGAGCGUAAUGAAGAUGUAGAGCGUAAUGGUGAAAACAGAGAAGAUGAAGUAAAGAAAAUUAAGACUGAAGACGGUCGCUAUGAUGGAUAUGAUUUGAAUGUGGUGAGAAAAAUCAAAGAAGAACCUAGAGACGACUAUUAUUGAUGAUAUAUAUAAUUUGCAUUCACUUUAUGUAUUCAAAAACGGUAGUAAGCAAUGUGCAGAAUUGUUUGUUGGUUAUCAGGGAGGGUUUUUAGCGUUUCUUUGUGUUUGACUGUUCUCUACCUGCGUCAUUCAAGAAGAAAAGCGACAACCAUGCUGUGUUGGAAGUUUAUUUUGUAUUUUAUGGACAAUACGCAUUUCUAAAGAACGCUAAGAUUAUUUUUAAGAUUUUACUCUUUAUAUUUACUGAAAAGCUUUUUCGAGUAUUUUAUCAAAGUAGAGGAUGCUCUCAGCUA